GGAAACUUGUGUUCAUUUUUCUUUGGUGUAAUGAGUUAUUUUCGUCCCAAAUAUCCAAUACGAUACGAAGGGAACCUCAACUUGCUUUGGUUUCAAGUGAACAAAAAUCUCGGAGGUAAAAUAUGGCUAAAGCAUCCUUCUCCUUCAGCACCUCAUCCUGAUUCCUGGACACCAUUCACAAUCCUCCCGCCACUUCGAAACGUUUCUCAGCCGCCUUCAUAUCGUUUCACAAAUUACAGACCCCAUGUGAUUGUUUGUUAUUUAAAGUUCAUAUUUUUGAACUCCAACGUUCAAAAAUCAAAACUUGAAGCCAGAAGAAGGGUAAAUCAGAGAGUCUGAGUUUGAAUGGGAGUGUGAGAUGGGUUUUUGUUGAUGUGUGAAGAUCUGGUUUUGUGAGGAGGACUGAGGAGUAAGGAGGAAGAUGGAACCUCCAAGGGGUGUUUUGGCUACUCUGUGGAACUUCAUCUGCUUUCUUCCUUACUUCAUUGGCCUUCUGAUUCUUGGCAGCAUUAAAGGUAUCGUUUUAUGCCCGUUGAUAUGCCUCAUCAUGACAGUAGGAAACACCGGUAUCAUACUCGGUCUUUGGCCAAUACACUUUGUCUGGACCUAUUAUUGCGUUUUGAGAUCUAAGAGAUUAGGGCCAGUACUGAAGAUUGUCAUCUGCUUAUGUGUACUACCUAGCGUCUUGAUCUUGUGGCCAGUGGUCGGGAUUGUUGGUAGUAUUGUGGGUGGAGCAGCAUUUGGCUUUUUUUCUCCGAUAAUGGAAACUUUUCAAGCUGUUGGAGAAGGGAAGACCGAUCAAUUGUACCACUGCUUUUAUGAUGGAACUUGGAGCACUGUCAAAGGGUGCUUCACUAUUGUGAGGGAUACCAGGGAUGUAUGUUACUACACUUACUUCUCAAUUAUGGAUGACCUGCAACACGGAGGUCCUCCGGUCACAAAAUAUUAUGAGAUUAGGCUGCUAUAUUUUCCUGGGGCUGUUAUAUUAGCAGUCCUUGGUUUCAUGGUUGAUAUGCCAGUGAUCUCAUUUAUUGCCCUAUGCAAAUGCCCGUACAUGCUCUUCAAGGGGUGGCACCGUUUGUUUCAUGACCUUAUAGGUCGUGAAGGCCCUUUCUUGGAAACAAUAUGUGUUCCAUUUGCGGGUCUUGCCAUCCUACUCUGGCCGUUGGCUGUUGUUGGGGCAGUGUUGGGAUCUAUGGUGGCUAGUAUCUUUCUUGGUGCUUACGCUGGAGUGAUCGUUUAUCAGGAAUCCUCAAUUUGGUCAGGGCUUUGCUAUAUCGUUGCAUCGCUGGCCAUAUAUGAUGAACACAGCAAUGACAUCCUUGACAUGCCGGAAGGAUCCUGCUUUCCAAGGCCAAAGUACCGAAAGAAGGCUGAAUUGCUCCGGACCAACUCUCUCUCACUCUCUGUCUCAAGGCCCGGCUCUUUUAAAAAUGCUCCCACCCGCUCAGCUUCAUUCACUGGUCCUAUCAUUGAAUUGAAGCCCCUUGAGUUCAUUGAUACCUUAUUUAAGGAGUGUAAACACCAUGGUCAAAUAUUGGUUGCUGACGGAACUAUUACGCUUCAAGACCUUGAAGACGCCAAGUCCAGUCAAGGCAGCAGAGUCAUUAGCAUUGGCUUACCAGCAUAUUGCCUUCUUCAGACACUACUGCGAUCCGCAAAAGCCAAUUCACCAGGAAUAUUGUUAAGUGACAAUGGUACCGAGAUAACUAGCACAAACAGACCAAAAGAAAAGUUUUUUGAUUGGUUUUUCAAUCCGCUGUCGAUCAUCAAGGACCAGAUAAAAGCAGAAAACCUUUCCGAAGCAGAAGAGGCUUACCUUUGCAAAUUAGUUCUGCUGACUGGGGAUCCUUUGAGGUUGAAACAAUCGAACAUUGGCAAACCACCGGAAUCAGAGCGUAAACAGGCUGAACUUGACGCAUUGGCUCGAAGACUCCAAGGCAUCACUAAAUCUAUCUCGAGGUUUCCAACUUUCAGGCGCCGAUUCGAGAAUCUUGUCGACGCCAUCUCCGAUGAUCUUGCACAGAAUAGUAACGGUAGCAGCAAAUCGAGCAGUGGACCUAGAACAGUUCCGAGGUCAAAGAGCGCCUUUGCCCAGCUCUUCAGCCAGAAAUCCUUUAGUUUUAGCAAUGCAAGCAAUCAUGGGACUGAUCCAGAGUCACGGCUAGUUGUAAGAGACGUGACAAUCACAUAGUGAAUAUUGUGUUAUAAGUAGUUAUGUUUUUAGAGAUCUCCUUGUUCAUUCCGCAAAGAUUUACCUUCUUGUUCAUUGUUCAUAUACCGAUAGGAAAGUAUUUUCGAGUGUACGUAUA